AUGAGUUCCAGAGUCGGCUCUGCCGAUACCUUCAGUCCUGGGACGACAACAGAUUCCACCCACCGGUCAACAACCUCUACCAUCCGACCCCGCCGCUUGAUCUCAUUCAACGAUGACGAUGGAGACAAUACAGGGAGACAGCCUUCAUCCACCGGCCUCCCUACGAUGCGCUCCGCAGAGGGACCGACCCUCCGCUCACGAGGCGCGACACCGUCGCCGCGCCCGUCCCGGACGGUUUCUCCUAUCCCCGUGAGCCAUCUUCCUCGAGCUACGCAGUCUCACAACGGUUCUCGGUCCGGGAAUUCACUAGACUUUCUAGAUUCGUCAUGGACGUCGCUUCAAAGUCUGGCCUCUUCGCUUCUAGGGAGUGACAUUGCGCACCCCGUCUCGAAUGGAGCGCCGCGAACUCAUGCCAGGAAACCUUCUCGACCCGAUUACUUUACCAGAAAUACUUCGCGGACAUCCACUGCUUCUACAUGGGGCCCAUCAGGCGUCACGACACCAGAGAUUGGGGCCGGAACUCAAGAAGAAAGGCAAGCGAUGGUGCAAGCAAAGAAGAGGGAGGCUUUGCUAUUAGCGGACACGGACCCUAGCUGGAGCCUGAAUCCUAGGCACAAGCGGCGCGACUCUAAUGACCGGGCCACGCAGUCGGCAAUUGAUGCAAGCCAUGAUGAAGAGGCGCUCGUAUAUGUGCAUCAAGUCCAGCCCUCUGACAGCAUCACCGGUGUCACUAUACGGUACGGUUGCCAAGCUGCGAUAUUCAGAAAGGCAAAUGGAUUCUGGCCGAGUGAUAGCAUUCAAGGUCGGAAAACCGUACUCCUACCGGUUGAUUGCUGUUCAGUUAAGGGGCGCCCUAUACAGACUAGGCAGCCCGAUCUUUUGCAGGACAAUUAUUCGUCCAUUGAAGAUACGAGUGGAAGUUCAAUCGUUCCAACAUCUACACCGAAAACCUCAACAACUCCGCAAGACUCAACUCAGACGAAUGCCGAGCCCGAAGCUGAGUCUGGUCAGGUCUGGAAACACGAGUCCUGGGUUCACAUCGAUGGGUUUCCCGCGGCAGUACAGAUUGGUCGUGUCCCCCGGCGCGCAUUGGGAUUCUUUCCACGAAGCCGUCGGAAAUCCCUAUGCUAUAGUGAUACCGAGCCAAUGCGUGGCCGAGAGCAGACACCAACUAUAUCCACGGCAUCUUCGCCAUCAAGCGUGGGUCCGUCAUAUUAUAGAGAUCAUACAGAAGAUCGGCUUCAUCAUCCGGGUUCACCAGCGUCCCGAAUUCCUGACAGAUCCAAGCCUGGCGGGCGGCAUAAACGCCAACAAAGUGGUCUAGAGUUUUCGGGGACAGGCGUUGGCACCCUUGAUCGCAGCGCCAACAUUCCCGGGCCAGCCAUGGAUGGGCUUAGCAAGUUCUUCGCACAACACCUUCCAAACCUCGCGCCAAAACAACCCUCUCCAAACUUUGAGACUCUCAGCGGAAAUUCAUCAACCGUGCCCUCCAGCAAUUCUACGAGUCUUGAUAGUAUAGGAGGUGCAGUCGAGGGCUGGGUCAGAAAGAUGACAGCUCGCGCAAAGUCUGGCCUAAGCGAUCUACAGCCGAUUAAUUCUGCUUCGCAGACCAUUGACCCCAGCCAAGAUAAUAGAAGGAGAGGACUGGGUGACCUGAUAGAGCUUGAUGAUGGGAUGGAACCCCGGAACUCAUCAGGUCUACUCGCAGAACCAAGUUGGAAGCCAGACUUUGGACGCUCCGUUUCAAACCUUGCCAAUGGCUCGAACCUGAGGGAACGGUUUCCGAGUGCUUCGCCCAGCACGAGCAGGACUCGUACGGGACAGGACAGGUUCAAGGACGAUUGA